AUGGACCUAACCCCUUUUGCAAAGACAUGUGCAGUUCUGAAUGGUAACCUGAACUCAUCUCUUGGUCCUCAGAUCAGACCUGAGAAGCCUUUACUUCAGAAACUGUUAGCCCAGUCUUCUUUGCCUUCAGCUCCACCCUGGCCUAGAGAUGUUGAAUCUCUCUUUGAUGUUGAGGCCAUCAGGUCAUCUGGUCUACCACUCUUUAAACCAAGGAUCCCAGCUCUGGUCUACCACAAGCAGACCUUCUUAGCCUUCAGCGAGGCCAGAUUCGAUGGCCUCAAGGACUACGGGAAUAUCAUGAUGGUGGUUAGGAGGGGGCUUGUCCAGGGCCGAGAGAUUAGCUGGGGGCAGAUUAAGCUCCUAGUUAAUCUGCCAACUUUCAGAAUAAACAAUCCAAGUCCAAUCGUUGACCGGGUGAACGAUGCAAUCGUCCUGGUUUUUGCUGCUUUUCCGACGGAACUCUCUUUUCAAGAUAUGAUGGCCUUUCCUAGGUUCCCCAUGUCAAAACUGUUUGUUAUGAAGACGUAUGACCUGGGCGAGACCUGGACUACUCAUGAAGACAUCUCUCACCAGACCAUCCUGAAGAUGUUCCCUGUUCCUGUUCUAAUGGUUCCAGGUCCGGGGCACAGUAUCCAGCUGAAGUGUGGCCGUCUCGUGGUUCCUUGUAAUUACUUUACACAAGACAAGAGGGGGAAAUCACUACACGGUCUUUGCCAGAAUUGCAGUAAUUAUAACCGAGUCAUCUACAGUGACGACGGGGGUAACACCUGGACGAUUGGUGGACGAUCAAAAUUUAAACGGGAUUCCUUCCGCAUUCCUAUUCAUCCUAAUGAAGUAAUGGCCGUAGAACUGGAUAACGGUGUGGUAAGCCUGAAUAGCAGGACACUCAAUUUCCAGCAGACGAGGGCGGUCAUCUACAGUUUUGACGGGGGUGCCACCCUGUCGGAGACCCAGCUGAAAGAGGAGCUUAUCGAACCAGGUUGGAAGAUUACCAAUCAGGGGAAAUCAUCUCCUCGGGCUGCUGGCGGAUGCCAGGCAAGCGUCAUAGCAUUCCCGAGACCCAAGGGCAUCCGCAUCGGUCAAGCCACGUGGGUCCUCCUCUCCAACCCCGCUGACCGCAUCGAGCGACAGAACCUCGCCCUCCGCCUCAGCAUCGACGGCUGCCAGUCGUGGUCGAAGCCCUUCAAGAUCCACGACGUCUUCGCUGCGUACUCCGACAUCGCCUACUUCGAGAUGGUCGACGCAAACGGGACAUCCCUCCCCCAUCUUGCUCUCCUCUUCGAGGGCGGGAUGAACGGGCCGUAUGAGUAUACUCGAUUUAAGAUUUUCACAUUAGGACAGGUGUUGCAAGGUUUAAUUACUAGCACACUGAAUAGGUGACAGUGAUCACUGUGCAAUAUGUAAAUAUGUAUCUGUUGCUAAUGCUAGACGUCCAAGCCAGCUUGCUGAAUUUCAUCUUGUACAGUCGAAGCUUAGUCAUUUAAGUGCCAUAUGAUAUUUAGUGUACUAUCAAUAUUAGUGUAACAUUGAUGCAUGAUUUGGGCCAAAUCGCAUUUCGUAUGAAUGCCAUAAUAUCAGCCUGCAGUGCUUGCAGGCAUGGUAAUGUGCAGUGUUAUCAACUUUUGAGUCUUACCUGAAGACUUUUCUGUUCCCCACUCCAACAUUAUUGCAAGAAUAACUCAAUUGUAGCAUUACUAGGACAGUACUUGAACUGAAUGAUGAUCCUAAGCACUGUUUGAAGACAUUGAAAUUUGUGAGAUAUUUCCUAUUUUUGAGCAAGCGCCAUGAGCGCCCAGCUGAGGCGGAUACCGGCGCUAUACAAGAACCCAUCAUCAUCAUCAUCAUCAUCAUUAUGCCCCUAAUGAAAAAGUGGAAUAUUAUUAUUUUCACUCCAAUAGUAUCAUGUUUAUGCAUGAUCGAAAGAAAAAAAUGGGGCGUUGCCAGAAACUGGCAGUUAAUUGCAAGUCAAUUUUAGGUCCCAAAGUCAAUUGAAUUCAUGCAUUUCAUUGCAAAUUUGCAAUUGAGUGAUGGUCUGCUUCUUGUACAAACAAAUAUAAAUUGAUUUGCUUCAGUUGAAAUUGAUCUAUCACUUGUAAAUUUGCAUCUGAAAUUUGCAAAUGAUUGCAAAUAUUUUCUUGCAGUGCCCCCUUGGAUGGAUAUUUAGCACGACGAUGAUGAUGAUGAUGAUCCCCAGAAUACAUGUAGGUAUUGCUCCAUAUUUCUGUUAUAAACAUUCAAAGGCGCAGGCUCAUCCAAUUGAGCUCUUUACUACACAUCUGCUGUAUUAAGUGAGUUUUGAGGGAUGAUUUGAAGAGUUCAAUACAUGAAUACAAACCUUAAUUUAUUUUUGCAAUAACAGUUCUUUGGAUUGAGGACCUUUGGCUAAUGAACCUUAACCCUCAAUCUCCCGGGGUAUUUUGAUUCUUGUCAAUCCCGGGGGGGGGGGGGGCCAUUAUGGCCCCCCCUUAAGAUCUCGGCCGCCGAUUGCGCGAGCGACGCAAAAGUUUGCACACUGGUAGUGUGCGAUGUAAUCUACAAGGCUGUAUGGUAAAAUUUUCCAAAAUAAUGAGAUUUUAUUUUAUAUGAAUUAAUUAUGCUAAUUUAUGCAUAAAUCAUACUUUUUGCUAUAAUUCACUAAAUAAAGCUCCUAGAAUGCUAAUUUUUGGUAAAAAAAUUCUUUGUAGCAAUCUUAACAAUCGCAAUUAAAAAAACUUCGGUUCGGAAAUCAAUUAUUUAUGUAUUUUAUUGUUUUAUGAAUUUCUUAUGUAUUUCUUAGUUUUUUUACUUUUUGUUUUUUAUUGUUUUUUCAAUGGAAAUCAUUCCAGACUUAGUUCUGAUCAUAAACAAGGCAAAAUUAAUUCAGUUUAAUCAGUAAAAGUAGAAAUAAUGAUACAUUUAUGAAUUUUGGCUAAAUACACAAUUUGCAUUGGA